GCCGAGCGCCGAGCGCAUCGAUCGGAGCGAGCGCGUGGGGGGAGGUGCUAGCGGGGAAACGGCCCCGCCCCCUGUGCCCCCCAGGACUGGCUGGGGGAAGCCCCGCCCCCAGGGACCCGGCGAAAGGGUGAUGGACACAGCCAGUGACCAAUCCCGGUGCUAGAAUGAGGCGGGACUUCCUGGAUUCCCCCCCCUCGAAGCUGGGAUGUGACGGAUCGAGCCGCUGCCCAACCCCGACCCUGGAAGGCCCUGAGGAGGCGGGACUUCCUGGUAGGCCAGGGCAAGGCCCAGGGAAUGAUGGACAGGGGCAGCCCAGAGGCAGGAGGCUGGAUGGGAGUCGCAGGUUCGAUGCACAGCGUGAGGAGCGCAGCGCUCUCCCCUCAGCCCGGGAAGGACGGCAGUGGGCAGGGGGAUUUGCAGGGUCCAAGGGCAGAGGGGACUGGCUGGCAAGCUCACCAGCUCCUAGAAACGUGGCAGAGAUGCGCGGCCCCCCUCUCCCCUCGCCCGUUAAGCCCGAUGUGCUGUUGCCUGCCAGGGGAGAGCGCCCCCACCCCGCUCCCCACAGCUCAGCGCCCCCUAGCGCAGCCGGGGGCAUCGGGGCCAGCACUGACUGAGAGGGCGGCCGUGGGACCUACUCCCUGCAUUGCCCUGCCUUGUUCUCUGAGUUGUCUCCAAGAGGUGCUGCUUCCCAAGCAGGAUGUGACACCUUCCCAGAUGGGUCAGACAGACAGACGGACAGACAGCUGUCUCCUUCCUCCCCCCGCCCGCCCCCACCUCUCUUCCUGGGUUUCCUGUGCCAGUGCCCCUCGCUCCCGACCGGCCGCCCCUGCUAGCCCAGCCCUGGGUUCCCCCCAGCCCUGCCGGUGCCCCU